AUGUUCACUAGUUUACAUGACUCUAAAUUGCAACGCAUCUUAAGUCCAUUCGGUUUAAAUCAAUCAUUUGGAAGUUAUGAACCUUCACCUUAUGCUAGUCAGUACCUAUCAUUUAUUCACAUCAUCCAUCACCUAAUGAAUACGUUUACAUUACAAAAAUUAUCUUUUGUUAUUUUAACAACUUUUUAUUUAUCACUACCAUGGAUAAUAUCUAUAGUGAAUACCCUGCCAACAGCAAAUAACAACGAUCCAAAUAUUUUGUAUCGUUUAACACCAUCAUCAGUAUCAUCAGCAGGAGCAUCAGCAUCAUUAUCACAUCAAAAUGGAGGAGGAGAAAGAAUUUAUCUACCGGAAGAACUUCUUGCACAAAUAUCAAAUGAACCAUAUAUCAAUUCAUUGUAUUUACCAAAACGAGCUGCUUACAUGGAUUUACCAUGGGGUAAACGUGCUUUAGCUAAACGUGCAGCUUAUAUUGAUUUACCAUGGGGUUAAUUGUGAAAUUUAUUUAACAUUUAUAUUCAAUUACAUACAUAUAUACUUUAAUAAUACAUACUAAAAUAUUCAUUGAGAACAAUCUAUUCAUCAGUCAUUAUAAUUAAUCAUUGAUAGACUAAAGGUGAAAUGUGAGACUAUUGGAAAAUUAUAACAAAUUAUAAAUAUACUGUCGUUUUAAAAAUCGAUAUUUCAUAAUUCAUUUGUUCUAUGAAAACUUUAUACUUUCAACAACAACAACGAUA